GUGCCUGAGAGCCUGGAAAUGGAAACAAAAACAAUUAACAAGCUGCGCUACUAUCUGAGGGAUGAGAUUGUGUUGCACAACAAGAAGGACGACUGCUGGAUCACGAUACACGGGAAUGUCUUCGAUUUGACGCCCAUGAUACGCGAUCGUUUGGAUCAUUGGAAUAGCAACAUGGAUUAUUUGGUGGCCCAUGCGGGCAAGGAUCUCUCACAUUUCUUUCAUGAGAACGGCGAGCCCCGCACGGAGAUCUCCGCUCGAACGGGCCGCCCUCGCGUGCUCUUUCCACCCAUACUGGAGGUGGCUCUGAGUGAGUUUGCCAAGACCAAGGACACCAUGUGGAGCCAGGAUGCGUUCUAUCAUAUUGGCAGAGUCACGCGACGUGCGAGAUUGAUCCGCAUCAUUAAUGCGCUGACGGCACAGAGCCUGUACAUGACGGUGUGCGAUGAGGACACCAUUUAUGACAUUCAACGGAAGUACAAGCAGCGCUACAAUCAUCAUGCAGGCAGCUACGAGUGGCGCAAGUUCUCCAAUGGAGGCACCGCCUGCGGGCAGCUCAACCUCAACGGCACCUUGGACGAGAAUGGUUUGACGGAUGAGGAGCACAGCGCCGUGGAGCUGCCUCCACCCUCCCUUUGGCUGUACUACACAGAUGAUCUGACCAUCGCUUAAAGCUGUUCCUGCCUUUCUUUUGGGU